AAUCCACCUGCUCCUCAUCUCUGUUGGAUUAGAGAGAUUUUUCCAAGCAGAAUUCACACCAGAGCCGACAUGGAGCGCCGAGAGAGAAGACUGCCUGUAGCGUUCCUCCUCUUUCUGCCUCUUCUGUCUGUCAGCUGCGUCUCCAAUGCAAAAUCUACAGUCUCCUGGUGUGUGUCGUCUGACGCCGAACAGCAGAAGUGCCUGGAUUUGGCCGGGAACGCCACAGCUCAGAAUAUCAGAGGAACUUUACAAUGCGUCCGUGGCCUGAACACCAGAGACUGUAUGAACAGAAUCAAGAACGGGACAGCGGACGCAGCCUCCAUGUUUGCCGAUGACAUCUAUGCCGCUGGCCUCUGCCACGGCCUGGAGCUGGCAGCAGGAGAGUCCCACAACGGGGUCGAUGGUGUGAGCUACUACGUGGUGGCAUUGGCUCGUCGCUCCUCCUCGGACCUGUCCCUGCUGGAGAUGCACGAGCGCAGCUCCUGUCACCCCGGCAUGCGCACCACGGUGGGGUGGACUGUUCCUAUUGGCUACCUGGUCAACACGUCCCAGAUCAAAGUUGGGGAGCAGUGCAACUUCCCCAGAGCCGUCGGCAACUUCUUCGGUUACAGCUGUGUGCCGGGCGUCAAGGACCUCCAGCACGACCCGAGAGGCAACAACCCUAAGAACCUGUGCGAGGCCUGCAUCGGAGACGACAACGACAGACACAUCUGUGCCAACAACCACCGAGAGCGGCACUACGGAGAAGCGGGAGCACUGAGGUGUGUGGUGGAGAACCUCGGUGACGUGGCGUUCGUCAAACACACAACACUCUUUGACAAUUUGGAUGGUAAGAACCAGGAGUCCUGGGCUCAGGACCUGGAGCUGGAGGACCUGAAGCUGCUGUGCCCCGACGGAACCGAGGCGGACCUGGACGAGUCGGAGCGAUGCCACCUGGCGGCGGUCCCGACCAGCGCGGUGGUGGUGCGCGUGGAGGACAAGUGCCGCGUCUGGAAGUACCUGGAGCGUUUACAGAAUGCGUUUGGCAACUCCACCAAGGGUUUCCGCCUGUUCAGCUCGGCGGGUUACGGAGAAUCCGACCUUCUCUUUAGCGACGCCACCCGCCGCCUGCAGCGGGUUCUGGGGAGCUACACCUCCUGGCUGGGCGCCAGCUACACCACCACGCUGCAAGCCUUCGAGUGCGAGGGCUUCUGCUGAUGGAGUGGGAGGACAACAUCCAGCGUGGCAACAGCCACCCCCGCCCUCC